GCGAUUCCUGGGAGCGUCGGUUCAGCGAAGGCAGGAGCAGGAGAUGUGGGCUAGAGAUGAGCCGCAACCUGUGCGAAGCUCCCUCUGAAAAUUAAACUCGCCUGUUUACCGCCAACGACCCGGUGCCUCAAACAAACCGUUUUCCCUCCGCAACGCUUUGUUUUCUUUCCCCGCGUUGAUAUGAACCGGCGCGAGCGGCGGCGGUUGAGCCGGAGUCGGUGCGGCGUGCGUGACGUCAGAGCCGCUGGUGUUCUGAAGAGUUCUCAGAAUAGAAUUCUAGGAAACGGUGAAUUUUAAAAGCCGAGCCUUACACUGUGUCCUUCACACCGUACCGUCCAGCCCGGAGACAACACACUCCACACCGCUGCUACACAUACACACACACACACACACACUUUUAUUUCCACAGGGUUUAUUUCUGCCUUCACUUAGUGCUACUUGUGAAGGUAAUUCAGUAUUAUUACCAUCGAGUAGACUAGUCCUUCUUUGGGAACACACAGUUCUCUCAGUGUCUUUACAGCGCUUACAAUAUUUAAAUUAACCCGAUGUAAAGACUGUUUUUUAUUUUCCUUUUUGGUGGCGUGAACACUUCAUUUUUUUUUUUUUUUUGUGAGUGUGGAAGAACUAACAAGCGGAUUAAACCUACGGGAUUUAACCAACAGCAUGAUUCUUUGUGUUCAAGGUCCUGCAGCUCUUCUGCCCACGGGACCAGCCUCUGAAGCCCCUCUGGGCAUGCGGGCAGGAGCAGUCCCCUCAGCCCACUGCCUGCAGAGCUCCCCGUCAAUAUGGGAUCCCACCAAGGACCUGCGGGCCAUCGCCAGCAACUUCUGCUAUCUAGAAAAUUCAGGGUGGUACUGGGGAGCUAUAUCGGCGGCUCAGGCCCAUGCUGCUCUCCAGGAGGCAUCUGAAGGGGCUUUCUUGGUACGUGACAGCAGCCACCCUCUGUACAUGCUGACCCUCUCAGUCAGGACAGCGCGAGGUCCCACCAGCAUACGAAUCCAAUACAGCGGUGCCCAGUUUUUGCUAGACUCUAGCUCCCCGGCCCGUCCCAGCCUUUUGUCCUUCUCCAGCGUGCCCAGCCUGGUGCAGCACUACAUGGGACCAGGGAGAGAUGUAGAGGGAAGGAGGGUGGAGGAGCCCCCCUCCAAAGCCUCUCAGCAGGCAAUCCAGGAGACCUCUGUGCUACUAAAACUAAAGAGGGCUGUGUACAAGCCCCAAGGCUUCCCCUCUUUGCAGCACCUCACUCGCCUCGUCAUUAACAGACACACUGACUGCCCUGACCAGCUACCACUCCCAAGGCCUCUGUUACGCUACUUACAGGACUACCCUUUCAAAGUAUGAGGCGUCCUCACCGUCUGUUGAGUGAGGGCUGAAUGUCGGGUGAAAGGAAAAAACUGUCCAGCAGGCCCAAGGUGCUCAUAAAUGACAAUGCUGCUCCAGCGGUGCAAGGCCAGUCACGAAGACACCAGACACAGGGUUGUGUUUUUGGUGUAUGAGGUACAGCAUGUACAAAUCAGUAAAUACUCAUGUAUCUGGUUGUAAACCAGAUAUUUGUCACGGCCUGGGGUGUCAUACACCCUUGAAGGAAAAAAAAAGAAAAAAAAAAAAAAGAAUAAUUGCGAGCAAACCUUGGUACUGUAAUCUCUACUUAUUUUAUGACAGAUGUGGAAAUUGUCUGUAACUUACCCUCAUCAGUUUUGGAUGUGCAUACUUUAUACUGUUCAUAAGCAGUGAACAGUGUUCAGUUGGAUGUAUUUUCACCAUUUUAUUUUUGUCACAGUAAGCACCUGACUUUUUUCUACCUUUUAAAUCUGUACAUUUUUCUAUUAAAAGAACUUACUGCAGUA